CCCAACAUUAGCACAAAGAACACAAUAGACCACUGAUUUCACAAUGAAAAGGGAGACAAUGCCUUCAUGGCUAGAACUGUUGCUUGCAACACAAUUCUUUACGACUUGUGCUAACCAUCUUCUUGCUAGUCGCAAUGAAUGUAACCUAUUUUGCACCCAGUGUGAGACCAAACCAGCUGCUUUCUGUAACUAUUGUCGUUCAAGUGAUCAUUCCACCCACCGUGUAAUCCAGAUAAGGCGUUCAUCGUACCAUGACGUUGUGAGGGUGUCCGAGAUUGAGGAUAUCCUUGAUGUCAGCGAUGUGCAAACUUAUGUAAUCAAUAGUGCAAGGAUUGUAUUCCUGAAUGAGCGGCCACAACUGCGUGCUUCUAGUGUCCCCAUUUGUAAGGCACCCACAUCAUCAACACAUAGCUGUGAGACAUGUAGCCGUGUGCUACUUGAUGCAUUUCGCUUCUGCUCUCUUGGAUGCAAUCUUAGAGGCUUAAAUAUGGAAGCUGGUAUGCAAGCUAUGGUUGGCAACAACCCUCGGUCCAAUGGUAUGGAUCAUGUGGCUAGGAUUGACAAUGUUGGUUCAAGUACUACAAAUGACCAAAACAGCUGCAAUGACAAGAACUACGAAGAACCACCACCAAAAAGGGUUGCUCGUCACAGACGCAAGGGAAUUCCCCAACGUGCGCCAUUCUUCUAAUCUGAACAUCAUGACAAUGUCCAGUAAAUGUUGUGGGAAAUAAGAAGAGAUAAUAUUUGUCAUGGGUGAAAUGAAUGAAUGAAAUAAAUAAAAGAAUGAAUGAAUGGCCCC